AGUCGACGCCCGUCGCUCACCAUGGCGGACCGCGCCCCCAAAGGAAAAGCGCGACGUACAGAUUCCAGCGGCCUUGAGUCACGAGAUCCACUUUCAAGCCCUGCCAUCAGCGAUUCCAAUCUCCAAGAAGAUGGUCCUCCGAAGAAGAAGACGAAAUUGACGAUGAAAGGACCCAAGCCACCAACACCAGCACCAGUCAAGAAAAUGCCAAAGAGAGAACGGAACCCUCCUAGUAAAUAUCAACAAGAUGCCAUGCCGCCACCACCAAAGUCCAAGAAACGUCGUUCAUCCCCCGCGCCAUCGUCUGGUCUCUCUUCCCUAUCCUCGGCCCCUGCAUCAUCUGCUGGAGAUGAGGACGAAUCCCGCGAGGAGUCUCCAUUCGAAGAUGUACCAGAGACGUCGAUCGCUGAAUCCUACGGCGAUUUUGCGUCUUUCUACAUCACAGGCGGUGACGAGCCAGAUGAGACACCAAAGACCAGCAAGCCAGCGAAGACGUCGAAAGCAGCGCCCAAUGGCGAGAAGCGCAAACGUGCUUCGACUUCUAGCAAGGAGCCACCUCAAACUGAUGCACCGAAGCAGGUAGGAAGACCCAAGAAAGGCACGAAGCCGCCGUCAUUGCGACGAUCGAGUUCAAGUGGGAAGGUUAUCGCACCCGCGACCGCUCCUUCCCAAGAGUUGCCAAAUGUCCAGCAGCCAAUGCCAAUGCCAGGGCCACAGCCUCCGCAAUUGCCUAGCCAAGGCCCAACUCCACCACAACACCAGCUACCUCAGUCCAGGCCGCCGCCUGUGCCUCCUCAUGGCCCGGGGCCGUAUCCACCUCCAGGGCAUCCGCUCCCUGGUCACAUGCACCAGCCACCGCCGGGGCCGCAUCACCCACCGCCGCCAGCUCCAGCUCCGGUCAUACGUUUCAUUGAAGUGCCCUUUGACCCGAAGCCUGCAGAGCCUGACACUGUUGCAGUCAUGAUAGACAAACUACAGUCACUGUCCGCAACACUCACACAGUUCGGUGGUGUUCCUGCUGUUUCCGUGACUCCGCCACGCGACCUAAAAUCUGCUAUCAAUGGACCACCGCCGAAGACGAAGAAAGAGCCCAAGACUAAGCCUGAGGCAGGCGACAAGGAUGACCAAGUUGACACUUUCCUGGGUCUCUUUGAUGGAGAUGACGAUGAUGAUGAGUCUGGAGAGUCGGAGGACUCUCCCAUCCCAAUUGACGUCGAUGAGAUUGAAGCCAAAGACUUUAACUAUGUGCUGCCCGAACCAGGCACACAAGACUCUCCUUUGGCCUUUGGCAUUCAAUUCAUUCAGAAUGCUCUCAAAUCGUGGGCACAACAGCGCAUGACGCACCAGAUCAUGGCACAGUGGAACGAUGAGCAGUCUCGCGGCUGUUUCCUCCCUCAGCAUAACAGAGGUCGGGGUCGUCCAAAGAAGUACGAUGCGCCGCCGGGUGGUCCGCCGCCUGUGAUCGAGAUGAAUCUGGUUGACACACCAGAGGGUCUGGCUAUAAGAAAGUUCCAGCUCGUCCUCGACUCGGGCUGUCUGCAGGUCAACACGCUUUUGCCUGUCGAGCUUGCUCGCGCUUUGCGCCUUCUGUACAUGCAGAUCGACAAUCUCAUCAACCAGGGUCGCACGGACGAGAAGGCCACUUGGUACUGUAUGUCCUACGGUGCACAAUUUGCUGCCCACCAAACACGUCUCAACCACUUCAAGGAGACGGAAGCUCGGCUACAGCAAGAGGCUGCGCUGAUGCAUCAGCAACAUCACCAGCAAGUCAUGGCGCAGAUGGGUCUCAACCCACAAACAACGCCGAUGACCGCGGACGAAGUUCAACAUCAUCAUGCGAUGGAGUUGGAGCGUCGUCGGAAUGCCCAACAUGCACAGCAGCAGCCCUACAUGGCUUCUCAACACUUGAACCCGUUACAGCUUCGGUCACAUCCCUCAACCCCGCAGCUGAAUGGCCCAUCGCCUUCGCCCGCCCCUGGCCAGCAGGGCUCACCCGUCAACGUCAAGCCAGAGGAUGGCGCCUCUCCCGACGCAAACGGUGCUCCACAGAAGAAUCACCUCGAGAAGGUCAAAAUGUACAUGCCUGGCUUUCUUCCUCGCUCAGGACAGUCUAUGAAUUUCUCCUUUCCACCAGAAGCAACAGAGGCACUCAAAGCUUUCGGUCCCAAUGCUUUCCCUCAGCCAGGUCCACCACCCCAGCAGAUUCCUAAUCGCGGUCCCAUGAUGGACGUGCCUCGUCCUCACAGCAGCACACCCAUGUUCCAGAAUCCUCUCAGCGAGAGAGUGAAGUCCAACACCGUGCGUAGCCCAAGUGUUAGUGACACCAAGGAAGACGCCAUCGAUCUUACGUCUUCAGACGGUCCUCAGCCUGAGCAGGCCAGUGCUCGUCCUGCUACGAGCAAUGGGCACGUUAGCGGUUUCGUUCCGAUCAACAAGCCGCUUCCUCCGCCUGCUAGCCCUAGUGAGCGCCGCCUCUCGGUGCCUACGGAGAAAGUGCGAGACACUAUCAAAGUCGCUGCUGCUGGCGGUCCUUCCUCUCGCAAGAGCAGCGCUUCUGCUGUCGGCAAAAUCACUCUGAAGCGGAAGAAUCGCGGAUCAGCUGGGAGUUUCCCGCAUCCGGGCGCUGUUGUGGUUGAUGAGUAGUGGUGAUUGGUCGCUCGCGUGGCGACAAUGCUUCCAGCAAAAGAGGCGUAUUGCUUGUUGCGAGUAUGCUUCGAGCAACAUGGGAGACUAACUUGUUGCGUUAUCAUAUGUUUUUUCUUUUCCUUCUGUUUCGAGAGAAUAGAGAAGAGCCGAGCCGGAGAUUGAGGGAAAGGCUCGCAGGACCUAAGG